GACGAUCGUUUUAAAAAAAACUCAUCGACAUCUCCCAGUGUAUCCGUCGUCGUUUUCUUUUUUCCUCCAAAUCGGAGAAGAAAGACAGCGAAUCUCUCUGUAUGUCAUUUUAGGGCUUCGAAUUUUCGUUCCCAAUUCUUGGUUUUCUGAUUGCUCCGCUGCUCCUCAGUGAACGGUAGCUUGAGCAUGCGGCGCUCUUGAUCUCAUGGUCUGAUCUUGGCGAAUCGCAAUUCGACGGUGGUGAUGGCGUCGGCGCAAAACCAAUCGGCGAAUGUGGAUCUCUUCGAUGCUUAUUUCCGACGAGCCGAUUUGGACCGCGAUGGCCGGAUUAGUGGCAGCGAAGCCGUCGCUUUCUUCCAAGCCUCCGGUCUCCCCAAACCGGUCCUUGCGCAGAUAUGGGCAAUCGCAGACCAGAGGCAGACUAGUUUCCUUGGUCGGGCAGAGUUUUACAAUGCACUUAGACUUGUCACUGUGGCACAAAGUAAGCGAGAACUUACUCCAGAAAUUGUGAAGGCAGCAUUAUAUGGCCCAGCUGCAGCUAAAAUACCUGCACCUCAAAUAAAUCUCGCGGCCACGGCUGCACCUCAGUUCAAUUCUGCUCCAGCAGCACCUGCCACUCAGGGCGGUGCUGUUACUCCGACAUCCUCCCGACCACAGGUACAAUCUCAGUUCAAUCCUGCUGCACAAGCACCUGCAACUCAGGGUGGUGCUGUUACUCCAGCAUCCUCCCAAACCCUUGGGUUCAGAGGGCCGCAAGUACCUCCAAGUGUGAAUGUGAACCAACAAAAUUUCCUUUCUCAAGAUGCUAAGUCAACGAGGCCUCCAGUGCCUCCAUCUACUUCUGAUUCCCAACCACCACAGGGUGUUGCCACUCAAGGGUUCCCUAGGGGAGGUUCAGUGGUACACCCUCAUCCACCAAACUCGAGUAUGUCAAAUGAUUGGAUUGGUGGAAGGACUGGUGGAGCUCCGACGGGGAUACCCUCAACAUCAGGACCAACAGCUUCCCUACCACCUAGACCGCAGGCAGGUUUUGGGAUAAGACCAUCAGGACCACCAGCUAAGGAUUCCAAGUCAUUAAAUAUAUCUGGGAAUGGGUUUACUCCUGAUUCAUCUUUUGGAGAUGACGUGUUUUCUGCAACAGCAUCUCAACCAAAGCAAAAUCCUUCUGCACAUGCAUUUCCUCCUGGCAGUGUACCGGUCUCAUCAACCAUUGUACCAGCUGCUGGGACCCAAUCUUCAGCUAGCCCAACUACUGUUGGUUCUUUGCAAAGUUCACACAUGAUGCAACAGGUUGGUGGGCAACCUCAGCAGGCCCAGUCAUUUCCGAAGCCAAACCAACAGGUCUCUGCUCAGACUAGCCCAUCUGGAGUUUCACUUGGAGCUGGGAACUCUGCUUCUAGUCAGUCCCAUAUACAAUGGCCUAGGAUGACUCAAAAUGAUGCUCAGAAGUAUUCCAAUAUCUUUGUGAAAGUAGACACAGACAGAGAUGGGAAAAUCACUGGUGAACAAGCGCGCGACCUAUUUCUAAAAUGGGGACUACCAAGAGAGGUUUUGAAGCAGGUGUGGGACUUAUCCGAUCAGGAUAAUGAUAGCAUGCUUUCUCUCAGGGAGUUUUGUGCCGCACUAUAUUUGAUGGAGCGGUAUAGGGAGGGACGCCCUCUCCCAGCUGUGCUACCAAACAGUGUUAUGUUUGAUUUAUCUAAUAUUUUUCAACCCACAAAUCAUUACAACCAUGCUGGCAAUGUACCCUGGAGACCUGCAUCUGGCGUUCAACAACAGCAACCGAUACCUGGCCCUGGGGCUCGACACAUGGCACCCCCAGUUGGAGGAAGGCCACCGAAGCCAGUUGCUCCUUCUCAUGCUGAUGAAAGGCCACAGACCAAUCAGCAGAAACCAAGAGUACCAGAAUUAGAGAAACAUCUUUUAAAUCAACUGAGUAAAGAGGAGAUUAACUCCCUGGAAUUAAAGUUCAAAGAAGCAACUGAAGCUGAUAAAAAGGUAGAAGAACUGGAGAAAGAAAUUUUGGAUGCUAAAGAGAAAAUUGAAUAUUUCCGUGUCAAAAUGCAAGAACUUGUUUUGUACAAGAGCAGAUGUGAUAAUCGCCUUAAUGAGAUCACAGAAAGGGCAUCUGCUGAUAAACGUGAGGCCGAGUCCCUGGCCAAGAAAUAUGAGGAGAAAUACAAACAAACUGGAGAUGUAGCUUCCAAGCUGACUAUUGAAGAAGCCACAUUUCGUGAUUUACAGGAGAAGAAAAUGGAGCUAUACAGGGCAAUUGUCAAGAUGGAGCAAGGAGGUGAUGCAGAUGGCACCCUUCAGGAUCGGGUUGAUCGUAUCCAGUUGGAUCUUGAUGAGCUUGUAAAAACUCUCAAUGAGCGCUGCAAGAAGUAUGGAUUACGUGGAAAGCCUACAACAUUAACUGAGCUUCCUUUUGGCUGGCAACUGGGCAUCCAAGAAGGAGCUGCUGACUGGGAUGAAGAUUGGGAUAAAUUUGAAGAUGAAGGAUUCACUGUUGUCAAGGAGCUCACUCUUGAUGUGCCAAAUGUCUUGGCGCCUCCAAAACAGAAAUCAUCACCAGCUCAGAAAGAAAAAGCUCCCACAGUUGAGAGUCCAACAGCUGCUUCUUCACCUAAAGUUAAUGAAAAUUCAGAAAAGCCUCAGAGUGCAGAUGGAAGGGUAGUUGAAAAUGGAGCAGCAUAUGAUAAAAAUGAAAAUGAUUCAGCAAAAAGUGCUCCGAACAGUCCACUUGCUAGCAGUACUGUUGGAAGCCCAUCUAGAGAAUUUUCUGAUUCUAACUUUGGAAAGACUACAGGCGCAGAUGCCUCACCCCGUGAGAAGGAAUUUCAAAGUGAUCAUGGGGGUCCUGGGUCUGUGUUUGGUGACAAGAAUUUUGAUGAACCAGCGUGGGGAACAUUUGACACUAAUGAUGACGUUGACUCUGUGUGGGGUUUCAAUGCAGUUAGUACCACCAAGGAUAUUGAUCAGGAGAGUAAUAGAGAUCACUACUUUUCCGGGCCUGGGGAGUUCGGCCUCAACCCUAUCAGGACUGGGUCAUCAGCAGGUGGCUUUUCCCAGAAUAAUCGUCCCUUUACUUUUGACGAUUCCGUUCCUAGCACACCACUCUCGGUCUUCAAUUCAGGAUACUCUCCUCCAAGGUACAAGGAUAGUUCAGAACCCUCAUUUGACACCUUCUCCAGGUUUGAUUCGUUCAGAAGUACACAAGAUAGUGGAUUUUUCCCUCAACAAGAAACACUGGGAAGAUUUGAUUCUAUGCGCAGCAGUAGAGACUUUGAUCAGGGUCAUGGGUUUCCAACAUUGGAUGACAUCCCAGAUCCUUUUGGCUCUUCAGCGCCAUUUAGGACAUCACUGGACAGUCAAACUCCAAGAAGAGACUCGGACCCUUUUGGGUCUUCCGGGCCAUUUAGGACAUCAUGGGACAGUCAAACUCCAAGAAGAGACUCAGACCCUUUCGGGUCUUCAGCGCCAUUUAGGACAUCACUGGACAGUCAAACUCCGAGAAGAGACUCGGAUACUUUUGGGUCUUCUCCAUUUAGUACAUCACUGGAGAGUCAAACUCCAAGACGAGACUCAGACCCCUUUGGGUCUUCAGGGCCUUUUAAGUUGUCAAUGGAGAGUCAGACUCCAAGAAGAGACUCUGAUCAUUGGAGUGCAUUUUAGCUGGGUAGUAGUUCUGCUUCAUAUUUGUGUCUGCUAUUCGCCGUUCCAAGCCGUGUUAAUGCAGCUUACUGAUGAAGAUAUUGGGGGACUGACGAUUGUGUUUUAUGUUUUGAAAUCACUGAGCUUGUAUUGUAUCUUUUGUAUUUCAUAUUGUGUAUGCGUCUCUUUUUCUUGAUUCUUAUUCUUUAGCUUGUUGGAUGACAUGUAUCUUCUUUUCGGAAAUUUUCCUAGUCCUGUUGAAGCUAAGACCUAUAGGUUUUUUUCUUCUCUUUAUUACACAUUUGAUGAUUGUAUUAUUAAACUGAGUUGUGUCUUCCUCUUUGGCCUCUGCUGUAAUUUUUUGUUUGAUCUCAAAUAAAAGUUGUAUUUGCCGAUUCU